UCUCUCUCUUACAGAGUUGAUGAACAAACAGAAGAAGGUAGUUAUCCAUGGAGGACAAACCAAAUUGUACUUGACAAAGACAACUCUACCUCCCAUACCAGAAGGACCUUACCAGUUCCUUAAAGAAAAACCCAUUUCACCAAAUCCUUUCAUGAACCAAAUCUAAUGUGAUUUUCUCUCCCUCUAUCUUUCUCUCUAUUUCUAUUCUAUCUUGUUAUAUUUUCUGUCCUUGUUCUUCUCUCAGAAACUUGAUUAAUUCUCUAUCAUAUGCAGACCACUCGCAGGAAAACACCUCUGUUUUCUUCAGUAACAUUGGCAAUGAAGCAGAAGAAGAACAACAAUCUCUCAAUCUUCGUUGUUGUUUUCUCAAUUUUUCUGUUUGGGGUCUUCAUGUACAAUGAGGAUGUCCAGUCCAUUGCAGAGUUUCCAUUCUCAUGGCCUCCUAGUAAUUCUCAAGAAACCCAAGAACCACCCAUAAACCCAAUUCAAGACUCUCUCAAGGAGGACGAAGAGGUCGAAUUCCCGCCGGAGGAAUGUGAUCUUUUCACCGGAGAGUGGGUUUAUGACAACGAAACACAUCCACUCUACAGAGAAGAAGAGUGUGAGUUCUUGACAGCGCAAGUGACUUGCAUGAGAAAUGGAAGAAAAGACUCUCUGUAUCAAAACUGGAGAUGGCAACCCAGAGACUGUUCUUUACCCAAGUUCAAGCCAAAAAUGUUGCUGGAGAAGCUAAGGAACAAGAGGCUUAUGUUUGCAGGAGAUUCACUGAACAGAAAUCAAUGGGAAUCCAUGAUCUGUUUCGUUCAAUCUGUGGUUCCUCCUGGAAGGAAGAGCUUGAACAAGACAGGAUCUCUUGCUGUAUUCAGGAUUGAGGACUACAAUGCUACAGUGGAGUUCUACUGGGCUCCAUUCCUGGUGGAAUCAAACUCUGAUGACCCAAAUAUGCACAGCAUCUUGAACAGAAUCAUAAUGCCAGAAUCCAUCAACAAGCAUGGUGUUAACUGGAAGAAUGUGGACUAUUUGAUCUUCAACACAUAUAUUUGGUGGAUGAACACUUUCUCCAUGAAAGUCCUACGAGGAUCGUUCGAUGAAGGCUCCACCGAGUACGAUGAGAUCCCCCGGCCAGUAGCAUAUCAGAGAGUUUUGAGUACAUGGUCUAAUUGGGUGGAUCAAAAUAUUGAUCCAAAUCGCACCACUGUUUUCUUCACCAGCAUGUCUCCUCUACACAUCAAAAGCUUGGACUGGAACAACCCAGAUGGGAUCAAAUGUGCUAAGGAGACCACACCAAUUCUCAACAUGUCAAUGCCACUCAAUGUUGGGACGGAUCGCAGACUAUUUGCAGUAGCAUCAAAUGUGACAAAAUCUAUGAAAGUACCUGUUCAUUUCAUCAAUAUCACCACUCUUUCCGAGUAUCGGAAAGAUGCACAUACUUCUGUUCAUACUAUCCGUCAAGGCAAAAUGCUAACACCCGAGCAGCAGGCUGACCCGGCUACCUACGCUGAUUGCAUCCAUUGGUGCCUUCCCGGGUUACCCGACACGUGGAAUGAGUUCCUCUAUACUCGUAUUAUAGCUCCUUUGUGACACUUUGGAACUUAAUUUUUGUUUGUUAUCUUCACCUCUUCCUUUAAUUUGUCUUGUAAGUUUUUCUCUAAUUUUUGUUCUUCAUUUUGUACCAGUUUUUGUUUUCCUUAGCCUGAAAUUCUAGGCUUUGGACAAUGCUGAUUUCUGUCAUUUGUAUAAGGAAUACAUGGUUAACAGAAAAUAAAGUCAACGCAAAAUUGUAUAUUUUCA